AAGAAAUCACGUUCUCUUUCUCAACCUUAAACCCUCUGUUAAACCCUGUUCGUCAAGUUUCCAGAAAUGAUUUUCUCUCGAUUAGUCAGGGUCGCCGCCACAUCUCUGUCAUCCACCGUCGCCCCUUCGGUUUAUUCUCCUCGUAAUGUCUCUUUCAGCUCCGCCGCAGCGCGGAACCGGAACUUUAACAGUCCAACGAAUCGAUCGGGUAACGAGUUAUACCGCCGAAUUUCGCCGGUGGGAGAUCCUAGGGUCUCUAUCGUUCCGAUUCUCGAUAGCUGGAUAGAGGAAGGAAGAUCCGUUGCGAAGCACCAACUCGUUUCUUACAUUAAAGAACUUCGCUACUACGGCCGCCACUAUCACGCCCUCGAGAUUUCAAAGUGGAUGACAGACAAAAGGCACCUCGACCUCACAUCAAGAGAUGCUGCUAUGAGACUCGACUUGAUAGCAAGGGUCAACGGGAUAAAACAAGCAGAACAGUAUUUCGAUGGACUAUCGGGGCAGCUCAAAGGGAUCAAUACUUAUGGAGCACUUGUAAACUGUUAUUGUCGUGCUCAAUCUGUGGAGAAGGCAGAGGAAAUCAUGCAGAAGAUGAGAGACCUAGGCAUUGCCAACUCGAUCCUUACUUACAACACUAUGCUUGGUCUUUAUCACCGAGUUGAAAACAAAGAGAAAUUUGAUGCUCUUGUCAAGGAAAUCGAUGAUAGUGGCAUCUCCUUCGAUGCAAUGACUUAUAACAUACUAAUAUCUUCAUAUGGUGCUGUUCUUGAUGUGAAUGGAAUGGAGAAAAUCCUGAUAAGGAUGAAAUCCAACCCAGACGUCAAUCCAGACUGGGCCGUUUACAACAAUGCAGCAACCAUUUACAGGAAAUCUGGGAUGAAGAAGAAGGCAAUUGAAAUGCUGGAGAAAGCCGAGGGGCUCAUCACAAAGAAAAAGGACAUUCAAGCUUAUUAUUACCUCAUCACCAACUAUGCUGCCAUGGGGGAGAAAUCUAGAUUCUUGGGAGUUUGGGAACUUUUCAAGAAGAAUGGGAAGGUUCUCAAUAAGGGAUAUAUGGACGUGAUAAGUUCUCUACUGAAGUUGGAAGAUUUUGAGACUGCAGAGAAGAUAUUUGAUGAGUGGGAAUCCCAGAAUUUGUCUUAUGAUGUCCGUAUUCCCAACGUUUUGAUUGGUGCUUACUCAAGAAGCGCUCUCAUGGAAAAGGCAGAAACAAUGGUUGAGAGGGUAAUAAAGAAAGCAGGUGAGCCCCAUGCAAAUUCUUGGCUUAACCUGGCAAUAGGUUACCUCAAACUUGGUCAAACUGAGAAGGCCAUGGAAACCAUGAAGAGAGCUGUGAAUGGUUCUAAGUCGGGUUGGAGGCCCGACCCUAGGGCUUUGGAAGACUUUCUGGAGCAGUUAAAGGAGACAGGAGUUUGCUUGGAGGAAGUAAAAGAACUGAUCCAGUUACUAACAGACACCAAUGUUGUACCCGUAACAGUUGGAGACAGGUUUUUGAUGAAUCUUCCUUUGAAUGGUGUUAAUGCAUGAGUUUGAUGGAGAUGCCAAUACAUUGGAGAGAUUCCCAGGACAAACGUUAUUUCUCAAAGAAGCAGAUUUGGGAAUGUAUGGUACUUCCCAAGAUCCAUGGACGUUUGGCAGGCGCAAUAUUCGCAGAUUUCAGCAAUGGAUGAACUGCAGGGAAAGAGUUGAGGUUUUGGUGUUCCAAAUUGGUGUCUAUUGUGUUGAGCAGGUUUGGAGACUACCACUCACAUCUUACUCUCUUGACAUUAUGCUUGGAGCACUAUGCAUGUCCAAGAAUGUUGGAAGCUCCAUUGUUAUAAUAUCUCUCACUCGCCAAACUUUCCUUUUAGAUCUGAAAAUUCAUUUUACAAGUAGCCAUGCCAUUGUUAUAAUAUCACUUUUAUCUGAAAAAGAGUAACUUUAUUUUUCUCGC